GAGAGAAGAGUCCAUCAGUCGCGCGACGACACAGAAACCUCCGAGGAAGCACGGAAUCGGGCAGUGGAUCCAUCGCUGGUCGAUCGAAUUUUCCGAGGUCGGGAUUUUUGCUUAAUUUUGCGUGUUCGCAACCGUCGAGGCACUCGGCCACGACUCGCCGUGACAAUUUACGCACCGUGGAAUGUCGGGCAGUGGCCACGGGCUCGCAGCAGGCAAGUGACGAGAAAAUUGCGACAGUGCAACUCGGGCCGAAGGGACUCCCGUCGUCCGUCGCGAGUGGCUUCCGGCGCACGAACGCUGUACGGUCCGCCCGCCACCCGUCGCAGCCGCCCCCGCGGCCCAGAUCCAGUGAUCGCGCAAAGUAACAGAAACGACAACUUUGUGACGAAGAAAAAUAUCCGCCGAGAAAAAUUCCUCGCACGACCCGUCCACACACAUCGUCGCAGGACGUUGGCGCACACAGUCAAGCUUUUGUUUAUCAAUCGGUCGUCGGCAGCUCGUACGUGUACGGGACCGUGUGAGGUGUGUUGGUGCCGUUUACACAUCGCGUGUGGGUGCUCCGCGCGGGCCGAGCCAUUGCACGCGACUGUCGCUUACGCGAGUGUGUGUAUGUGCACAGUCAGUGUUUUGUUCAGGAAAAAUCAAUGAAAUUCCGUACACAAGUGCAUCCCGUGGGUCCGUGACAUUACGCCAGAGCGAGAAGGCGAGUCGGCAACGAGGAGGCUGCGAUCUUCCGUUGGCGAGCAGGAGCGCGGACUAGCGCUCCCGACGCGGCACCGGGCACAGGUCCUUCAGCAUUCUCUAAAAGUCAUGGAUUGGAAAACAAAGAAGUCAAUUUGCCUCUCAAGUGAUUUGUGAACUUGAUAUUUUUAAAAAAUCAAGGACGUGAUAUCUAUCGAUGAAAAAGAUAUAACGAGAAAACGAACUCAAUGGUGUUGGGAUAGAUAAAAAAAGUGUAAGAGCGUGAGCGUGGGUGGUUUAAGAUGCACGUACCCUCGCUUACUUCAAACAUAAACUACACAAAUGUAACCGUUUCAACUUCAGCAUCAUCAUCAGCACAGGGCGCAACAGCUUCAUCUGUUGGCGGGGGACAAGCUCAUGCACAAUCACACCAGCAACAUCACCGACAGGUUACUCAACAAUAUCAACAACGUCAUCAAAAAGUACAGUUGCACCACAAUCAACAACAACCCCUCCCAAAGCAGCAACAUAGUGCGUUACCACUCUCAGCACCACCCUGCUCUUCGCCAGCAUCAUCGUCGUCGACGCUAACAUCCUCAUCAGGAUAUUUUAAUCCUCCAUCGUUGUCGUCAGCGUCCUUGACGUGUUCAACAUCUUCAUACCCAACGACAACUACAUCCAUAUCAGCUCUAAGUCAACAACAACAACUAGUGCCAACAUUGUCGGCAACAACGGGAAUAGUAGCCGAGAAUAACAGGAACAACAGCAUUGGUAGCAAGAGUAAUCAACAGCAGCGUCAUGGCAAUGUCCUACAAGAAUGUGAUACGGAGGAAGAGAUUCCAGCAUCUGUGAUCAGCAGUAUUGGCACAAUAAACUGCCAACAAACUACUAGCCAUCAAAUAUUUUUAGUAUCAACCGCAUCGAAACCAUCUCAUACAAAUGGGUCAGCGGGAAUAUACGAAGAUCGUCGUGAGGAUCCAGCCUCAACAGGAGGAACUACAAUACAAUUGACUCCUCAACAACAAAUAACUAAUCCCACAUCAUCUUCUCCAUUUAAAAUGGUUAUAUCGCAACCAAUGUCGAACCAACCGCGUCCUCAUCCUAAAAAGCGAAAAUUCAAUCCUGCCGAUCUUGAAGAGACACCGAAAACACACGCAUCGCCCUCACUGUCAUCCUCGAACGGCGGUGCUUCAGGAGUAGGUGGAGGAGGAACCUAUAAGAAUGGCAGCUAUUCCAUGUCCGCUGAAAGCAAUACCAAUGAACGAAAUUACGCACCGGCUUCGGAUAUUGUAUAUUCGAGCCGAGCGACAACAAUAACGCCAGCAGCCUGUACAGAAUCAACCGCACGUAGUGCACCUCAUCCUUCACAAAUUGUUCGUACUAUCCAUCCCCAUAGUUAUGGGGAUGGCGGCGAAAAGAAAUUCAUUGUGGCUAGCUCACCAUCAAGUUACAAAUUAAUGCCGCAUACGAAUCAAUUACCCUCAACUGCAGAAAUCAUAGAUUUAAAAGAGUGGACAAACACUAGAGUCUUAGCAUUAACAAAUGGCUACUACGCACCUGGUGUCAUACGCAAAACGGAUGAAAACAAUUCGGUGUUGGUUGAAUUCGAUUCACCGGACAAUUGUACAGAAAUGUAUAGUGAUGUAUUCACCUCUAGAAUCUUUCAUGUGAUAUUAGAUGCUAGCCCAUCGGCUGCCCAGAUCGCCCAAGGAACGAAAGUUUGCGUACGAACUCAAAUUGAGGGUCGUGCUGAGCAUGUGUUCAUUGAGGGUACAGUAAUUCAAGUGCACGCAGUUACAAAACAAUUUUCCGUACAAACCCGGGAUGGUAUACAAAAGCUGGUCAAGCGUGCCGACUUAAGAUUAUUACUGCCACCAUGGUGGGAUGAAUUAAAUGACGUUAGUUCUCCUAAUAAACUCGACAUGAUGGACCGUGGUCACAGAAUAUCAAGUAAAUCGCACUCGUCAGCGAUAGUCGGAAACGAGUCAAAUAUUAUCUAUGGCAGUAGUCGCCCUGAUUUGGGAAAAUCGGUCACGCCAGCGACCUAUGUAACAAGAUAUGAACAAAGUGGCAAUGCAUCCCAUUUACAACUGCAUCAUGUCCUUCCUACCGUGCAACCCAGCAACGAUGAAUAUUAUCGAACCGCAUCGACAUCUCCUCUGCAAUCGUCGAACAUCAUUGUCGAAAACAGUGGCCAACAGCCUACAGUUGCAGGUGGCGGAUCAAUUCCUGAAAUCAUCGUCUCACAAGGAAUGCAAGCUAAUAUUAGCCCCUCAGAUGACUUGCGGGCACGUCAUCAACGAAAUUAUGAUGAAUAUGAAUCUGAUGAUGAACUUGGACGGGGUGAAAUUCCAUUUGGUGACGGUGAUGUUGAAAAACUAUCAGGCAGCAGUAAAAGAAGUAGUAUGCAAAGUCGUGGGAGUACAUCGAGUCUUUUAGACCAAAGACUCACACCAAGAUCUCAACAAGCAACACCUCGAUCUCAGGCGGCUACACCCCAUCGAUUCAAAAAAGGCGAUGUUGUACAAUCAGAGUCAGGUGUACGUAAGAAAUUCAAUGGUAAACAAUGGCGAAGAUUGUGCUCAAAUCAGCAAUGCACGAAAGAAUCUCAACGUCGAGGGUAUUGUUCACGUCAUUUAAAUCAAAAAGGAAAUGCACUACGUUCGUCUGGACCUAGUCGAUUUCCAAGUGAUAUUGGAAGUAGAUCAAGUAGUAAAACACAGGUUGAUGAAGAGACUUCAAGGGAUUCGGAAACUUCUCCACAAUAUCGGGUCCGAACCCGGUAUGAUCCAGAAGAGACUGAUGUUGCAAAUAUGUUAGUGUCGUUAAGCAGUUCGCGUUCAGCGACGCCGUCGUUUUCAUCCCCAACGAAUCAUGUGACGUCGCCUAUGAACACGACCCAAUCCCCAGUGCCAGUGACCAAUCGGCAACACUUUUUUACUCCUAUCGGGGGGCCGGCACCAUCGCAGGAGACCAUAAUCAAAUGGAAAAAUUCAGCGAGCCCGGUUUAUAGUGGAUAUCAAGUAAUCAGACCGGAAUCGGUACGCCCCCAACAAACUGUUCAACCUCCACCGCCUGCUCCACCCGCCCCAGUUCAGCCGACUCCUGUUGCUCACACUACCAGUGUGAUUCGGAUAUCACCAGCAUCUUCGAAUAAUUAUCAAUCAUUUCACCCGGUUAUAGGAGACCCCACACAUUUAGUGCCACUUUUACCAGCAACAGAAAAACCGGCUCCAAAAAACGGGAUUAAUCAGGGGUCGACGUAUGCAUGGCACUCGCUCCUGCCUGUGAUAGACUCCCCCGCUAAAACUCAAACCAAACUCGUAGCCACCCCAACAUCUAAAGCAGCUACGCCACCACCAUUGGAGCCGCCGAUUAAGGAUGAAGAUGAUCAAAUGGACGAUGAUGUAUUCGAGCCAGCUCCAGCAUCAUCGACUCCAACUUCAUCAACAUAUCGGCCUGUAUUAUAUAGUGCAAGUAGUAUAACCAGCGGUAGUAAUACUUACAGUACUAUUAAAGAGAACGGCAACUCAUCAGACACUGAAGCGCAUUCUCAUGACCAACAAAUGAACACUAGUGAUACAUUAACAAACUCAGGAAAGACAACCUCAAAUCAACCGAAACCUGUUGAAAGUGAUUCAGGAGCAGGCAAUGCCGGAGCUAAUUUAACUAAGCGACGAACUCAAUCUUUGAGUGCUUUACAAAACGCCAAGGAGCCGGGAAGUCCGUGUACUAAGGGGAAAAUCCGUCGCCCAAUGAACGCUUUUAUGAUCUUCUCGAAAAAACAUCGAAAAUUAGUUCACAAAAAACAUCCAAAUCAAGACAAUCGAACUGUAAGCAAAAUUCUGGGUGAAUGGUGGUAUGCCCUUAAGCCGGAAGAGAAAGCAAAAUAUCAUGACUUGGCUAGUGCCGUGAAAGAUGCCCAUUUCAAAGCGCAUCCUGAAUGGAAAUGGUGUUCCAAAGAUCGAAGGAAAUCGUCCAGUUCAACGAAGGAUGCCCGCGAUCGAACUGAUUCAGUUGAUGGUGUUGAUUCGCUGGACGAGAAGAGUCCAACGACACCAGCUGAUCAUCAGGUUCCCAGCGGAGCUGAUAUUCCGCUUACAAUAGCAGCAUAUAAUUCGACAGAAGAAAUUGAUGUAACUACCAUAAAAGAUGAAACGAGUAGCCAAUUUAAGGAAUCAAUGAGCAAUAACAAAAUUUAUGGAGAUCAUAAUAAGAAUACGAACGAUGGGCGUGAAGAUUUGAUGUCGGAUGACGAACAGAUGGUGAUAUCGGAGGAUUGUCACGGGAAUCAAAACGAGCACGUAAAAAUCGAUUUACAAUGUGCCGAAAAGGUUACAGAUUCUGAUGUGGAAGACAACGUUUUCGAGUCAAACAACUACAACAACGACAAGCAUUCCGAAUCAAAUGAGGGUAAAAAAGUUUUGGAAAACAACAAUUUACUAUACACAAAUUCGAACGAAAUCCAAUCGAAUGAGGAGUGUAAAGCAAAUGAUCGUGAUAUAACAUUAAAGCCAAAACCAAUCAAGGCUCGGAAUGUAGAAAGCAAUGUUGUCACCUAUCAACCAGUCCCAUCUAUCUAUAGUAGUCCAAAAAAUCCAAUUGGUGUGACUCCAUUUCAGCCAACAGGCGGUGCGUUCAAAACAAUGCCGGCAAGUCCAAAAAGUGCAUUAAAAAUGCCUAACGAAAUCAAGCAAGAGGACGAUCCUAAAACACCCAUACAUAUUAAACAAGAAGUCCAAUCACCAUACAAUAUCAAUGGUGUCGCAACUGUUUUCACAUUUACUGCACCUCAUGAUCAAAUUCACCCAGACGCAGGUAAAAAUUCGAGAGACUACGGAACUAAUGGCACACAGCAUCAUGCAUAUCUUCUACAACAUGCGUUACCUGGAAGCGGUACUGUUGAGGCUUUCGUAAAUAGUAAUAAUAUACAAAGUACAGGAAGUAAAGCUACAACCCCACAGCAUCCGCAACAACAGCAAGCGCAGUCGAUUCCGACAAAUCAAUUGAUUGGCCAAAAGCAUAUAAUGGUGCAGCUUAAUAAUAGUUCAAAGCUCGCUUUUUUACCAGUGUCCCGUCAAAAUAUCUUAACCAGCGCUUCAAAUGUAAUGAGCUCGACUUGUCUUCCGGUACAUACAGUAUCUAAUCCGAAUAAUAAAACGCCAAAUACCGUGCAAUACGUUUUAAGCAAAGGGAUCGUACUUCAAAAUUAUGAUCAACCGCCACCUGAUUCUCCACUAUACAAAAAUUUGCCGGCAACACCUAAAUCCCUAUCAGAAGGUAUGAAAAGCACUGUAAAUUCUGAUAGCGGUGCUGAUGCUGAUAAACAGCAAUCAGAUAAUGACUGUGAUGAGCCCGAGACGAAAUUUGUCUUAGCUCCAACGCCUGCACAAUUGGGUCAAGCGCCACUUCAGCGAAGAUUGGCUAAGAGUGGCGAAACUCCACAAUCACAUUCUUCUACUGAUCCUCCUAUAAUGAUUAAUUUACCCACGACAAUUCACUCUACAGUUUCUUCAUUACCAACACCAAAUUCGGCAAGUGGCAAUGAAUAUCAAAGUCAAAUCUCACCGACAAAGAAACCAUUCUCGAAAAAACCAAAAACAGAUGACAUGGAUAACGUUUUGAAACAAGUGGACUUUGAGAAGAAGUUCGAAAGCUUGCCGCAAUUCAAACCCGCAGAUUGCCAAUCGCCCAGUGCUAUAUCAGUCCCAAACUCACCACGAAUCUAUAGUACCAACUACAAGAAAAAGAAUAUGAUUCAGAAGAUUCAAGGUGAAGAUGAGCCAUUAAGUGCAGGUGCACUUCCAACAUCCACAGCAUCAUCCACAUAUGUCGGCGGCACGAGGUUCUUUGGACCAGACUUCAAUAUAGAGCAAUUGCGAGGUGACAUGGAAGCUGAAAACACCGGUCGUUCGCCUCGUACCCCACAAACUCCACUGCAAAGUGCACGUUCCCAAGAUGCAAACGAGAAGGGUCAUCGGAAAAUAUUAGAACAGAGACGACAGUUAGUUAUGCAGCUGUUUAGCGAGCACGGAAUGUUCCCAUCAGCACCAGCUACGGUGAAGUUUCAAGCUGAACACAGUCACAUAUUUCCUCGAAGGCAAGACUUACAACUCAAAAUACGAGAAGUGCGUCAAAAGUAUAUGGGUCAACCAGGUUUCACACCUCAAUCGGCUGGUCCAACCACGCCCAUUGAAACUUCAACAGGACAUUCAGGGGAUCUAUCGCAACAACAGCAAAGUCAACUGCAACAACAACAAAUGCCGCAAUCACAAUAAAAAAAACUUUUCGAUUUCAAUAGUGAAUAAAAUUUGAAAAUAAUGAUACAUUUACGCAGCAAAUAAAUCUAUAUAGAUAAAAUCUAUAUUUAGAUGAUAGUAAAGAUGAAAAGGCAACGCAGCAGCAUACACAAACAAAUAGAAUAUACAAGCAAAUAGUUACUGAAAACAAUUUUUAAAGGAGAAACAUUUUUAUCAACAACUUUAAUACAAAUUUAAAGAGAGAGGAAGUAGUGAAAACAAAAUCCAAUUAAUCAAUUGGAACCGAUACAUAUGCAUACAUAUAUAUUCAUAAAUAUAUAGAAGCCAUAAUCACCGCAACAUAAAAAAAAAAAUAAAGAAACGAAGAAGCUAAUUUUAAUUUGUUUUAGUAAAUUGUAAUGUCGCUUUUCAUUUAGACAAUUUAUCCAUUUUUAGUCUUGGAAAUUAUCUAAAACAGAAAUAAUAAACAUAUUUAAAGAUGAAAACAGGUAAUAAUACAGUUAGUAGAAUCAAUAAAAGGAUUAAAUAGAUAUUUGAAUGAAUACAUAUGCAAGCAAGAGAGACGAACGAUCAAGGAAGAAUGUUUGAUGAAUGUUAAACUCGUGGUCAUUCUGAGUGUAAUUACGCGGUAUUUCCUAUUCGCUAGUGUUGAUUUAUAUUUUGCAAAUACCGAUAUUUCGGGAACCACUUCAUCACCCUUCAUCAGUACUAACAGGUCUUGGCUUGUUAGUACUGAUUAAGGGAGCAAGUGGUUCCCGAAAUAUCGGUUUUCACCCUUCAUCAGUGCUAACAAGUCAAGACUUGUUAGCACUAAGUCUUGACUUGUUAGCACUAAUUAAGGAAACAAGUGGUUUCCGAAAUAUCGGUGUUUGCACAAUAUAAAUCAACACUAGCAAAUAGGAAAAACAAGUUUUUAUUAUUUCAAAUCCUUGUCAUUGUAUUUUAUAGUAAUAUUUUGCUGCUUUCUUCUGUUCUCUAUUUUUUUAUCUGCAACCAUGAAAGUCCCAUCAAUUUUAAAAUGAAUUUCAUUUCAAUUUUCUACUAUUUAUAAUAUUAUAAAAAAAUAUUUUAUAGUAGUAUGUUAGUAUCUUUUUUAUUCUGAUAAUUUGCAAUUUGUAAAUAUUUCCUAGAAUAGUAAUUUUAGUUUCGAACAUGUAUAAUUGUAAAGUUGGAAGUGAAAAUAAUUGCAAUUUCGAAAAUAACUGGAGAAUUGCUAAAAAGAAUUUGUAUAAGGUUCCUGUCUGAAGUCCAUUCUUAGUAUUUUUAAUAAAAUGAAAGUAUGUUCUUCUAAAUUUGUAAUUGCAUUCAAUUGGAAAAUUCAUUAUCCUAGGUGUUCUUAUUAAACAGUUUUUAUAGUAAAUGCGAAGUAGAAAAGAUACAAAAGAAAUCCUACCUAGAAUUUACAAUUAUUUGUAGCUAAAUGGACGAAUAAAAGUUACAAGUAAAAUUUUCCACAUUUAUGGAGUAACCAGGUAAGCGACUUAUCUUUUCAUUAUAGUCAAAAUAUUUUGAAUGGUAAAUAGGGAGCUCAGGACAAACUCACAAAAUGAGAAACUUCAGCUCUAAUACUAUGCAAAUUCUUUUUCAUUCGCUUUGGCUCCAAUGAAUCUAGAAGUAUCUUCUGUAAUUCUAACGUUACAAUUUUGUUUGAAUAGUUAAAUGUUAGAAUAACUUCCUUUACCGUUCUAAGUAGUCAAUUAAAUUCUUUUUAAACAUUCAUUAAUGUUUCUUACUCAGAAAAAGUCAAACUUGAGAUGGUUUUAAUAGUUGGGUGCCAACGAAUAUGAUGCGUGCAUCUUUGAUGGAAUGAAUACAUUCAAAAUAAGUUAUCAAUAUAAAGUAGUGAGGGCUAAGUUGUAUGUAAACGUUAUGAUAAUGUCGUGUUAAUUUAAAAUACGAAACAAAACAAUUAAAUAGAUUUUAGGUUUCUGUUCAAUUUUUAUUUGUUACAUUUGUUAAGCAAAGAGUAUAAUUUGAUAAGAUCGAGAGCGCAGAAAUAGAUAAUAAUGAUUAUCAUUAAAGUAAAUAGUAAUUAUCCAAGUUUGUACGACGAUUACAGUAAAAAGUGAAAUUAUAUGCACCACACAAGAUAAUAUUAUUAGGAAAUAGAAACUUAUUGCAAUAUUGAAUAGAAUGCGGGUGUAUAGAUAAAACUAUACAUUUCACGACAAGAUUACAAUUAAAUGAUAAUGAAGUCACAGAACAAUAAAAA